AAACUGAAAGUAAUUUCAGACUCAUCUGUGAGACACUGGGUACUAUAUCUCAGCUGAAGUUCUAACAAAUACUUAGGAGAUUUUGUCAAAGAAACUACUGAAACGUUUGGUGAGUGUUGCGGUGGAAAUACUUGGACACAAAAUGGCAGAAAGAGCUCUUUUUGAUCGUUUCCUGAGCUGCCAUAUUUGUUCAGAGACUUUCAGAGAUCCUGUGUCUCUGAGCUGCAACCACAGCUUCUGUUCAAACUGCCUGCAGGAAUUCUGGGAGAAAACUGGAAACAAGAACUGUCCCAUCUGUAAACGAUCUUCAAAGGAGGAUCCGUCCAUCAACUUCUCCCUGAAAGAACUCGCUGAUUCGUUUACUGAGAAGUUGAAAGGAGCUUCAACGGAGAGGGGAAAAGAGAAGAAGAAAGAGAAGGAGGUGGUGUGUGAGAAACACUCCGAGGUUCCUUACUGGUUCUGUGAAGACGAGCAGAGAGCUGUGUGUCCUGUCUGUGAGUUUUCUCUCCACCAGAGUCACAAAGUGGUUCCUAUAGAACAAGCAGUCAGUGAGCUGAAGGAGCAGCUGAAAUCUGACUUAAAGUCUCUGCAGGACAAGAGGAACAAACACGAACAAGUGGCGAAAACAUACGAUGAUGUGAUUCAACACUCCAAGAAGCAGGUGUUGUCCACCGAGAGACAGAUCAGAGCAGAGUUCAACAAGCUCCACCAGUUCCUGAGAGAGGAAGAGGAGUCCAGACUGGCAGCUCUGAGGGAGGAAGAGGAACAGAAGAGGAAGACUAUCAUGAGAGAGAUGAAGAGGUUUGAGGAUCAGAUCUCCUCUCUGUCAGACAGCAUCUCUGCUGUUGAAGAAGAGCUGCAGAAAGACAACGUGUCGUUCCUCAGAAGUUAUGAAGCCACUCAGAGCAGAGCCAGAGGUCAGAGGUCACUGCCAGAUCCACAGCUGGUUUCAGGAGCUCUGAUAGAUGUGGCCAAACACCUGGGCAACCUGUCCUUCAGAGUCUGGGAGAAGAUGAAGGUCAAGGUGAAGUUCAGCCCCGUCGUUCUGGACCCAAACACUGCAAGUGGACGACUCCAUCUGUCUGAUGAUCUGACUAAUGUGAGACAUGGAGACAAAGAGCUGCAGCUUCCUGAUAAUCCAGAGAGAAACACUAAAUACUGGAAUGUUUUUGGUUCUGAAGGCUUCAGUUCAGGGAAACACAGCUGGGAUGUGGAGGUGGGAGAUCAUCCUCAGUGGGCUGUUGGUUUGGCUAAAGAAUCUGUUGACAGGAAGAGAGAAAGAUAUCCUACAUCAGAAAGUGGAAUCUGGUGUUUAUUGCAUCGUGAUGGAAAAUACAGUAAUGGAGUUGGUGAUACUCUCAGAGUGAAGAAAAGUCUCCAGAGGAUCAGAGUCCAGCUGGACUAUGACAUGGGGAAAGUUUCCUUCUACGACUCUGAAGACAUGACUCUCAUCUACAUUCACAGAGACACUUUCACUGAGAAACUCUUCCCUUAUUUCAACGUUUCCCCAGCAGGUGUUGCCAAAACUUCUGAUCUCAAAAUCUGUCAAGCUACAUUUCUUUUUAAAAAAAGUUAAAUUUUUUUAAAGUUAUUUUUACCAAAUUACUCUGAUCAAUGAAAUUGUGGGACCUUGGAAAACAUUGUUAUAUAAUAUUAUUCAAACUGCGUCAAAUAUUUCAUCAUCAGUCUUUUUUCUAAUCAAUUUAACAAGGCUGAUUAUUUCUGUCUGAAUGUAUUUUUAGUGUUAAGUUCAGAAAGAACUUAAACUCAUUUGAGUUUUCAUGUCAAUCUUGUUUUUAAUUAUUGUACAGAUUCAAUUUUUUCUGU